CGCAGCAGUGAGCGGACGACCGACGUCCCCGCAGCAGUGGGCGAGGUGAGCUCCGGCCGCAGGCAGCCGAGCCGCGCCAAUGUAUCCAGACGACGCCCAGGAGAGGCGAGAGCGAGAGAUUUUACGCUGAGAGAUACAGUGAGGAGUGAGGAUAAAGAAGUGGCGAGGAGUUCGGCUGUGAUAGAGUGAGUGUGGAGUGUGAGUGAGCCAGCAGAGUUCUCCGACAGUUGGAGUCACGUCACAGCCUCCUGAGACCGCAGCCGUACCAGGUGCCGCGCGCGCCAGUCCCAGCCGCGCCGCCCGCGCCGCCGCUGCGCCAGCUCUGCCGCCGCCAACGCGCCGCAGAGGGGCCCGACGCGCCAUGGCAGCCGCCGAUGACGUCACGACGCGUGCUCCGACGCCUGAGGACGGGCCCGGGGCGGCCACUGAAGGAGACGGUGAGAGUGACGACGACGAGACGGCACCACCCAGCGAGCGCGGCGCCGACUCCGAGUCCAACGUGGAGUCGAGUCCGGGAUCGAGUCCGGAGUCCAGUCCGGAGCUCCGUCAGAAGCACGGCCAGGAGCGGAGUCUGCAGUCCAGUCCGGAGGUGUGUCAGAGGCCGAGCUCGGAGCUCAGCCCGGCGCCGAGUCCCGGGGCGAGCCCCGCGGGCAGCCCCACGCUCGGCUGGCGGUGCGAGCCGGCGGCCGAGAGCCGCUACACCUCGGACGGGGAGGAGAAAGGCAGCGGCCGUGACCCGGAUGGAGGCCAGCGCGGCCGGCCCGCCGAGUGUCGGAACACCGUCUUGGGCGACCGCUCCGAGCACGCCGACUGCUCCCAGUCACCGCACGAGUCAGUGGAGUCGGCUGAGUCGGCCGAGUCGGAGUCAACAGUGCCAUUGCAGAGUGUUGAGUCUCCCGUCACGUCGCACCGCGCGGAGGAGGCGGGGACGGUGGCGCGUGCCGAAUCGCCGGCGCACCCGCUGAGUGAGGCGCCGGCGGAGAGCCCCUCGGAGGACCCCGCGGACCCCGCGGACCCCUCGGAGGACCCCUCGGAGCGCCGGGAGCCGGCGGAGGGGCCCGGCUCGUGCGCCGACUCGCGGCUGGAGCUGGUGCCGCCCGACUCCGACGUCAGCACGGACGAUGAGGGCGGCGGCGCUGUGUCCCGGUUCCUGCGCGCGUCCAUGAGGAAGAUGUUCCACUUCCGUCUGUCGUCGCGCGGUCUGCGCCGGCGCAGCAGCGCCUCGCAGCCGUCGCAAUCAUCACCGACGCCGUCGACGCGCACUGCAAUGGAGACCCGUGCGGCGCGCGCGGCGCGGCGCACCUCCGACGAACAGGUGUGCUGCAGCCCGGCCGGAGACGACACGGACUCGCCGCCGCCGGGACAGGCCGGCGCCACCGGCGGCGGCCAGACCAUCCGCAUGAGCACGCUGCUGGACCGGCUGAACGGCGCGGCUGCCGGCGCCAGCAGCGCGGCCAGCAGCGCGGCCGGCACCAGCGGCGUGGCGGCCGGUCCCGACCUCAUCCAGGUCAGCACGCGUGAGCCGCACCUGCACGACGCGCCGCUGCCGGCCCUGGAGGAAUCGGAAAGUGUGUCGUUCGACACACCGCCUCCCCCUCCGCUACCGGCGCCGUCUCCGAUCGCCGACCGGCCGGCGGCGAGCUCCAGCCGCGCCAACCGGCUGCUGUCGCGCGGCUCCUCCUUCCUGGGCGUGUAUCAGACCGUGCCGGAGCUCAGCGACCAGGAGGAGACGCGCCGCGCCGCCAGGGGCUUCUGGCAGCACAACUACUCCUCGCCGCUGGCCUGUCUCUCGUGUACCAUCGGCCUGGGCGCCAUAUGCCGGUUCGCCCUGUUCGGAGGCACCUAUGGAGUGGCGUUCGUGAUCCAGUUUUUCAUUCUGUCGCUGCUCGUUGGGAUGCCUCUGAUGACGCUGCACAUGACCAUGGGACAGUACAUCGGCUCCGGAAUCGUCGACAUGUGGCGGAUAUCGCCCAUAUUCAAGGGUAUCGGUCUGGCGGCGGUACUAGCCGAGUUGAUACUGGGCGUCUAUACGGUGGUGCCCAUCUCGUGGAUGCUCGUCUACCUGCGCGACAGCUUCGUCUCCAGCUACGACCGGUACAAGUGGGCCGCGUGUCCGGGCAACUGCUCGGUCGGGUACGCCGAGCUCGUCACCUAUACCGUGCCACAGUACUUCAACCAACGCGUUCUGCAGCGUAACAUGUCAGGAACGGGCCUUCCGGAGGUGGGCUACCUGGGCUUCGAGAUCUCGUUCAACCUGGCCGUCACCUGGAUUCUGGUGUACCUCUCUCUAGGAAGAGGUCUGCGGUCGUACGGUAAGGUGGUGUACGCCAUCGUACUGCUGGCCAUGGUGUCCUUCUUCACCGUCUGCAUCCAGCUGCUCUCCUGGACGGAGGGACUCAACGAGUUCUUCACCGACAAGGUCCUCUUCGAUAACGUCUUCUGGAGCACCGUGCCAUGGGUGGUGGCUGCCCGGGAGACGUUCAUGAUCUGGGGCCUGCACGGCGCCGCGCUGAUGGCUGUGACAUCACAUAACAAAUUCAACCACAAUCUUCGGCGGGACACCACGCUGGUGGCUUUUGUCACAUUAGUGGUGCUCUUCCUAUCGGCACUGUUUGGAUACGCCUGUCUGCACGCGCUGCGGGUGGGAGACAUCGGCUACAUCAUCGGCUCCAGCUCCUUCGAGACGGAGCAGCGGAGCCGGUUCCUGAUCGCGCCCGGUAUCGGCUCCUCGCACUCCGGCGGCACACCGCCCGAGGUGAAGCACUACACCAACCUGGUCUCGGGCGUCAUCAUCAAGCUGUCGGCAGCCAGCGAGGAGGGCACGGUGUGGAGCUCGGGUUACCAGGUGCACCGGCUGGCCACCGAGCUGUUCCCCUCGCUUCUGGCGGUGGUGGGUGGCAGCGGCAUCAGCUCGUUCUGGGCGCUGGUCUUCUACCUGGCUCUGCUGCUGUUUGGAGUGGGACAACAGCUGGCCAUCUGGCGAGCCGUGGUCGAGGCCGUCAUCUCCGUCUGUCCAGCCAAAAUGCGCUCCUGGGAGCUGACCACCACGUUCAUCGUCUGCGUCACCGGCUUCGGCCUCAGCCUGCCGCUGAUGACCGAGAUCGGCAUCCACAUCAUCUACUUCCUCGACUACUGCGUCGGCUGUCUGUGGUGGCUGGUCGUCAUCUACGUGCUGGAGUUGUUUGCCGUGUUCUACAUCCGCGGCACGCCGUUCGCGUCCACUCAAGUGGUCACCAUUCUGAUAGCCAAUAACGGCUGCAUGACCAACUGGGCGGGGCCCUUCCUCAGCUUCGUCUGGCACGUCCUGAUGCCUAUGGCACUACUGGUCCUCUCGGUGGUGUCUUUCCGGACGGGCGGCUUCGACGCCAUCUUCACGUGGGAGGAGAGCUCCGGCUACGGCUACUGGGGCCUGUGGGUGCGCCAGCUGGGCUCCAUGCUCAUGAUGUUCCCCAUCCUGCUGGUACCCAUCGUCGGACUCGUACAGGCCAUCCGUUUCGUCCGCUCCGGAGAGGGCGACCUCUACGACCGCGUGCAGAGUCUGUACCGCCCCGAGUACAACGAGGCGAUGCUGGGCAGAGUGACGGCCGAGGAGGAGGAGGAGCACACAGUGCAGCGCACGCGCACCCGCUACACGGACCCGCCGCCCAAGUACACGCCGCCGCCCAGCUACAGCACCGCCACUGGCGCCCGGCUCGCCAAGAUGCUCCGACAGAGCAUGCGGCGCUCGAUGCGCGCGGUCCGCCAGCUGGCGGCGCCGGCUGAGCGGGCAGAGGAGGGAGCCGCCGCCCGCGCCAGCUCGGCCGCCGAGCGCGGCGUGCCCUCGGACCCGCCGCCCAGCUACGCCUCGCUGCUGAUGGAGCAGAUGCCGGCACCGCUGCGCCGCUCGCUGCGCCGCUUCGGCAGCUCCAUGCGCCGGCCGGCGGCCGAGCGGGCGCCUCCGCCGGCGCCGGCCGCGCCGCCAGCCGUGCUGACCGAGGAGGGAUACCCGCGGCGGCCGCCCGCCCCGCCGCUCGGUCACCAGCGCUCAUUCAGUCUGGGCCUGCUGCGCCAGCUGCCGGCCGACAGCGUGCCGCCCGUGUCACGGAGUCUGCCCCGUGACCUGACCCCGGAGCAGGUGCGCGAGGUGCUGCGGACAGGCCGACUCAGCCUGCCCGAGAGCGCCGCGCCGCGCCAGCUCACCCCGGACGAGGUGCGGCAGGUGCUGCGCGGCGGUACCACACGCGGCCUGCCGCGGCCCGCCAGCAGGGCCGAGAGUCUCAUCGACGCCACCCUGGAGGAGGAGACUACCGACGCGUGACCCCGCGCCGGCGCCGGCCCGCCGUCUGCCACGGCCGCGGGUCACUGACACGGACACGGACACGGGCCACUGUGACAUGAGGCCCUAUCCAGCGAGUUCGGGUUGUGGUGAGCGGUUGACUUUUCGGCAGCUGCGAUGCGGUGAGAAGCCGCACAUAAUACGGUGAGCGGGUGAGCGCGGCGCGCGCGACUUGAGUGCCACCUAGCGUGAUAACUGUGUACUGGAGCUGCGAGGUGUCGGCUCCAGGUGACAGCAGCGUCUGUCCAAUGUGAUCAUGUUCGAGACUCGUGCUUGUGUCCAAUGUUUGGUGUUGAUGGUGCAGGUUUUACAGUGUAGCUUUUAUAUAAGAGGAAAUCGCUUCGCUGGAUGCUUUUAGUAGAAAUUGCUGUUUUCCACCGCGUGGUGGCUCAAUAUGUGCGAUAAUAUCUAUAGUCAAUGACGCCGAAAGUAUGUGCAAUAAUAAAUGAAACAAGCCA